AUGGAUCGUGGGGAUUUCUUGGUCUCCCUUGUGGCUGGCGGGCUAGCUGGUGUGUGUGUGGAUCUGACAUUAUUUCCUUUGGAUACAGUCAAAACUAGAUUGCAGAGUCCUCAAGGACUUAAAAAGGCUGGUGGUUUCCAUGGCAUUUAUGCUGGAGUUCCUUCUGCUGCCAUAGGAUCUUUUCCAAAUGCUGCUGCCUUUUUUGUCACUUAUGAAUAUACGAAAGCUGUCCUGCACACAGAUGCUUCUCCGUAUUUUGCUCCAAUAAUUCAUAUGAUGGCUGCCUCCUUUGGAGAAGUAGUUGCUUGUCUAAUACGGGUUCCUGCUGAAGUUGUGAAACAAAGAGCACAAGUGUCCCCAUCCUCCAGUACCUUACGGAUCCUUUCCCAAACUGUCUAUGAAGAGGGUAUCCUAGGACUCUACCGAGGUUACAAAAGCACAGUAUUAAGAGAGAUUCCUUUCUCUCUUGUCCAGUUUCCUGUAUGGGAAUCUUUAAAG